AGAAGACGUACUCGUUGUGAACUUAACGAUAUUAAACUUUUAUAGCAGAACUACAGCUACUGGAUACAACCGAGAAGAGGAAUAGCAGCUUUGAAACUAAAGUAUUGAAACUUUUUUCUUGUUUGUGUGCGUGCGUUUUAAUUUUUUUUUUUCUAUAAUCAAGCUAACCGGAACAAAGGACUCGCCGCUUCAAAGAUUACAUUGAAAAAGCCUUUUUUUUCUAACCACACAACUAACCUUCUGUUUUCCUGCCGUAACGUUACAAGAUUUAUGUAUUUGGAUUUAGUCUUUCAAUCCCGCCGUCCUACUAUGGUCAUAAUGGAGGUUCCCACCAUCGACUGUGCGUCCCUCCGUGGUUUGUUGGAGGGCGACGUCCCGGGCUGCCUGCUGCUGGACUGCCGGUCCUUCCUGUCCUUCAACUCGUCCCACAUAUCGGGCUCCACCAACGUGCGCUUCAGCACCAUAGUGCGCAGGAGAGCCAGAGGCGGUCUCGGUCUUGAGCACAUCGUCCCCAACGAGGACACCAGGAACCGGCUUCUGUCAGGGGAGUACGAGUCCGUGGUGCUGCUUGACGACCGCAGUUUGGACUUAAGCCAGGCGAAGAAGGACGGGACACUGAUGCUUGCUGUUACGGCCCUGUGUCGCGACCCCUGCGGAGCCAGAGUUUUUAUUCUCAAAGGCGGUUUUGAAACGUUUUCAACAGAGUAUCCAGGGAUGUGUACCAAACCCUCCCCUCCACAAGGGCUGAGUUUGCCUCUCAGCUCCAGCUGUCCUGGGAGCGCAGACCCAAGCUGUAGUCCGUGCAAUACACCUCUCUAUGAUCAGGGGGGUCCUGUGGAGAUCUUGCCUUUCCUGUACCUUGGCAGUGCUUACCACGCUUCAAGAAAAGACAUGCUGGACAUGCUGGGGAUCACCGCUCUCAUCAACGUAUCUGCCAACUGCCCCAACCACUUUGAGGACUCUUUCCUCUACAAGAGCAUCCCAGUCGAGGACAACCAUAAAGCUGAUAUCAGCUCCUGGUUCAACGAGGCAAUCGAGUUUAUUGACUCUGUGAGGAAUAAAGGAGGCCGUGUGUUUGUGCACUGUCAAGCAGGCAUCUCCCGCUCCGCCACCAUAUGCCUUGCCUACCUCAUGCGGACCAACCGCGUGAAGCUGGACGAGGCCUUUGAGUUUGUCAAGCAGCGCCGCAGCAUCAUCUCCCCCAACUUCAGCUUCAUGGGUCAGCUCCUCCAGUUUGAGUCCCAGGUCCUGGCCUCGUCUACCUGCUCCUCGGAGGCGGCCAGCCCGGCCCUCGGCAACAGCAGCACCGUCUUCAAUUUCCCGGUCUCCAUCCCUGUACACACCUCAGCUGGUCAGCUUUCAUUCCUCCACAGUCCCAUCACCACCUCUCCCAGUUGCUGAGGAAGUUGUGGGGAGCACAGACUUUGUUUGGACUUAAACUGCAAGUGACUCUCUCAAAACAUUGUCCUGGUUAUGAAUCAUUUCAUGGUGAUACUGGUAUCACUGGACAGAAUGAGAACUAUUGUUUGGGGGUCAGUUCAUUUUUGUUCUGCUGUCCAAACCUCUUGUCAGUUGGCCUUGGAAACUACCAUGAUGUUUGACCUCCUAAAUGUGAAACUCAUCCAUGCUUUCAAUCCUAGAUAACUUGCAGAAAUGGCUGUUAAGUUAGUUGAGAUUAUACCUGUAGCGGAAGUUAAGUAUCUGAAUAUUUUUUUGUUUUUUUUCAUGAAAGCAACUGCUUUUGAUAAUCAUGAUCAUGUUUAAGUAAGCAAACAAAAGUGAGAGGGCUAAGAGUUGUCUCAGGAAUGUUAACUUAUCUUCUCAAAUGUCCAUUUUGCUUUCUGUACUGGUAAAAGAAAGCAAUAUAAACCUAUGCCCCAACAUGGCAUGGAAGUUACUCCUUUAUUUGACGAACAAUGAAUGUAUCCCUUUUUUUUUUCAGUUGUAGAUGUGGCAGAAAUCUUCAUUUUCAGUAUGUAAGUUGAAUGGGUUGCCAAUUCAAAUGCAAAAAUACCUGCCUUUCAAGACACCAUGAAACCUCGACGAUCCUGACACAUUGGGGAAAUGAACCAUUAAAUACCUCAUGUUUCUGUACUGUGUACUGCAGCUCUGAGACAGACCGCAUCCCAAAACUCAAAUGGGGUCGCGUAGUCCUCAAUGACUGCAUUCGCCUAUUUAUUGAACUAAAGUAAUAUAUUUCUUUAUCAUAUCUAUUUUUACAUAUGUUUGUUUAAAUGUUUUUAUACCGUUCAAUAAAUCUCAAUUGAAUUUUGUA